ACUUCUCCCUUUCUUGCCUUUAACAGUUAACACUCGAUUGUUAUAUAUGUAUUUUCCCGUUCCCGUUCCCGUUUUCACUUGAAACCGAAAUAAAGGGUCCAACCAGAUUCAGGGAUCAUAGAAAGAAAAGAAAAGAAGGAUGUCUCGUAGCUGUUCUCAGAGUGGAAACGCCGUCCACAACUCAAGAACAUGCGGGAAGGUCGCUGGCGGCCGUAACAGCAUCAUGUUAUUCGGUGUUCGAAUAAGAGAAGGGUCGUUCAGAAAAAGUGUUAGCAUGAACAAUCUUUGCCAGUUUGACGAUGAGGAGCAGCAGCCUCCGGAUUAUUCCAACGCCGUCGGUGCCACCGGCUAUGCUUCCGACGACGUGGUUCACGCAUCUGGAAGAAGCCGCCAACGCAAGAGAGGUGUUCCGUGGACGGAGGAGGAGCAUAGAUUGUUCUUAGUGGGGUUGAAGAAAGUAGGUAAAGGAGAUUGGAGAGGGAUUUCCCGGCACUUCGUGAAGACACGUACGCCGACACAGGUGGCCAGUCAUGCUCAGAAGUAUUUUCUCCGGCAAAAUAACCGGAAUCGGAGACGCCGUAGAUCCAGUCUAUUUGAUAUAACAACUCAUUCAUUUAUGAAUACGACCAAAUCGGAAGAAGAUGAAGUUAUCGGCCAAGAAAACGUUUCGUUGCCGCCGCUGCCUGUGAGUCAAACGCUGAAAAUGGCUGAUCUUAAUUUAAACCACAAAACCCAAGAUGACCCUUUACUGACGCUGAAAGUCUCAACGCCGUCCGCCGAUAAAGAGGAAGCGGCGGCAGGAGUUUAUUCGUCUACUUUUCAGGCCAUGUCUAGUGGUGAUAUCAAUGGCAGCAUCAUCAGCGUCGCUUGAA